AUGACCAAUGACACGACCUGCGACGAUUUUAACCGCCUGUACGAGCGGUUGGUGGUACGACGCAAGAAGAGAAAGCGAGCUGAACCAGAAGACGAUGAAGCAGCAGCGGUGUGGGAGGAGACGCCUGAAGACGAUGCUGAAGUCGUGAAAGAGGAAGUCGCUAGGGCUGUGCGACUGAGCGAGGCUCGACAAAAAGAGCAGGUCGAGUACGAUGCACGAGUUGAGGAGACUGUGAAGCGGCUGCGACUCGCUCGAAACGUACGCGGUCUCGCGCGAUGGAGUCAUUGCAGUCCCCGUUGGCUCGCGUUUCAACUCGUUGCUGGUACAGCACUGGACGAGAUCGCAUCUUUCCAGAGAUACAGGAGACCUCAUAGGAUGCACAAGAGGAGACAGGAGGAAGCCACUUCGGGAGUCGAGAGGAGCUUGCGACUGGAACGAGUUGCAACCAGAUUGUACCUCGAUCGAGCCGUUGAUUUCAGGCCUGAUGCAGUGACGACAGUUGAAGGAAAACAUCGUGUGAUCGAUGAGCUUUUGUUCUUCUCGCCACCUGAUGCAACGUAUGUAUCUCAUAUCGGAUACGCGGAACGAGGUAACGUGGUACCUCCUCCACCACUGCGAGAACAAUCAUCUCACCACGUUCAAUGGUUUUACCACGGCCCUUCCAAUCGCGAUGAACGCAUGCAUCAUCAUCAGCAAGUCUCUGUGGCCAUGUCAAAAUUGUGUCUUGAUCAGGAAAUAGCUUCUGACAUCGUCCUCUGCAGGCGAGAUCAAUAG